AUACGACAUAUAUGGGUUUUUUGCGUCUAGUGUGAUUGAUGCUGUUAUGUCUUUGCGACUUUGCUUUUGGUUGAAUAUAGCUGAUUCAGGGAUCCAUAAAAUGUUGAACAUGUAUGCCUGCCUCUUUGGAGCAAAUUUGUUGGAUGAAUUCGGUCCUAGCCUUUAUCUUUAGGCGCAUUUGAGUUCCUCAGCUAGUGCAGCAUUCCAAAGGAGUUUUCAUACUAUCGAUUGUUUUGGUUAGUUUUGAUGAAAAUUAAGUGUUUGAACAAGUGAAUUUUAUCUGCGGACCAUUACUACUUCAUUUUUUUAGAGCAAGUUGUUGUGGGUUUAAGAAUUAGGAUAUGGCUCAAUCUACUCGUACUUUAUCACCGAAUUCCCUCCGUCCCUAAAUUACAUUCAUGUUUUCCUCUAUUAUGUGAGAAAUAACAUAAAUGCUAGAAAUAGGAAUGUAUUUUAGGGACGGAGGGAGUAUAAUCGUAACGUGUGUCAUUUAAUGGUAAUUAAUCAGCUAAAUAAUAACGGACUAGCAUGUAAUCCAAUUAAAUUCGACUGGAACAGUCUUGUGAGGAGACUUUGUUAACUAUUGUGUCUUUUUUUUUUUUUUUUUUUUUUUUUUUUUUUUUUUUUUUUUUGGAAAAUUACAUGAACUUUAACAACGUAUUAAGUUGUGAUGAUUAUAACUGCAUAUAAUUUCAUUUCCAUAUUCAAAUUAAUCAAAUUACUCCCCUAAUCUCCAAUAUUUUUGAAUGCACAAUACUCCAUAACAAAUAAACUCAUAAUCUGCCACUUGCCCAUUUAUUAAAAAUUAUAUAUAAAAAAAAAGGUAUAAAAUUCUAAAAUUAGUUACGCAUAAACCCAAAAAUUAGUUUGAUAUUCAUCAUAAUAUACUCUCCCACUUAACUUCCUCCUUCUUCUUCUUCUUCCUCAAAACUGUUUCUUACCAACUUCAUUGUUACCAGAAACCCUGAGAUUUCUUCUUCUUUUUAACCAAAAUGAUAGACUUAGAACGUCUUUGUAACUAUGUAUUUUAUCCUGGAAUGGCUAUACUUGCUCUUGUCUUAGUCAUCAUUGCUACCACUCAAAAGUCUCACCCCCCUCCUCCUCCUCCUCCUCCUCCUCCUCCUUCCCCUGCACCUUCGUUUCCGCCUUUGUUGUCGCCGUCUGUUUCAUUUCCUAGAUUUCUGGUUGAGUCUAAUGUUCGGAAGAACACCAUCAUCAACAACAAUGGCAACAACAACAACAACUCUGCAGAAUCAAUGAAAUCGCCGGCUAUUUUUGUGAUGGGAGAUUCUACUGUUGAUUGUGGGGUGAAUGCUCUGUUUUACCCUCUUCUUCGCCGUAAUUUGUCUCUGUUUCCUUGCUCUAAGACUCAUCAAUCCACUCUUAUUCCUCAUUUUCUGGCCAAGAAGAUGGGUUUGCCUAACACACCAACAUUCUAUGAGCAAAAUGGGACAAUUCAAGGCAUACUAAGCGGGAUCAACUACGGAUCAGCUCAAGCCACGAUCCUCCCCUUCGCGAACAUCCCAACUUUUCAGUCCCUUAACCAGCAGCAAAGGCAGGCAUUUGAGACUAUCCAACUGCUGCAGUUACAACUAGGUGAACAGGAAGCUCACCAAUUCAUCAGCUCCUCGAUCUUUUACCUUUCCUUGGGAAAGGAUGACUACAUCAACUUCCUCUUUGGGAACUCAUCGUUUUCCUCGGGUUACAGUGGUGACACACAGAUGGUUCCUAGGCUUCUGGUUGACGAGCUGACCAAUGCCUUACGAAACCUGUAUGAUGCAGGUGUGAAGAAGAUUGUUACCAUGGGAGUCUACCCUCUUGGAUGUGCCCCUAGGACAGUGGUUAACUGGUACUUUCUGACUGGAAGAAACAGGAGAAGGGUGAGGGUUUGUGUUAAUGAGAUUAAUCAUCUUAUGAUGCAGCAUAAUCGUCUCUUGAAUGAUCACAUCGUCGACCUCAAUUUGCAGUACUCUGAUGCACAGUUUGUGUUCUGUGAUGUUUACCAAGGUUUCAUGCAAAUUUUGUCCAAUCCACAGAAUUUUGGAUUUGAUGAUGCAAGAGGAGCCUGCUGUGGAAGAGGGUGGCACGGAGCUGCAUCCGGGUGUGACAACAUGGAGAUGGCUUGUAAUCAAACUUCAGCUCAUGUAUGGUGGGACUUUUACAAUCCAUCUGAGGCUGUCAACUCUCUGCUGGCCGACUCCGCCUGGUCCGGUCAGCCAUUGGGUGAUAUCUGUCAUCCCUUAAGCAUCCAAGCACUGGCUAACAUGUAGAGCCUUCAUGAAGAUCAAACAAGAUUAUGGCAUACUAGCAUUAUAGCUUCUAUUGUGAAGAUUUUAAACUUUCUCUAAAUGUUGAUUUUACAGGCUAAUCUUUGCUACUGAUGUAGUAAUGCCAGAACAUAAGCACAUAAAUGUUCUCUGCUUUUUUAGGAUGUGAAUUAGGCUAAGUAA